CGGGCGGCCGGGGCGCACCGAGCCGCGCGCGCAGGGCCUCGGCCUGCCGCUCGAUGGAGUGGGGCGGCGCGGCCGCCGGGGCCCGGGCGGGGGGCGCGGAGGGGGCCGCCGAGAGCGCGAGGCGGGACACGGUCAUCGUCUUCGACUGGGACGACACCAUCCUCCCCACCUCGUGGCUCGAGGAGGCGGCCGCGGCGGCGGGCGGGCUCGAGAGGCCCGCGGUGCAGCACGUCCUGGCCGCCCUGUGCAGCGCGGCCGGCGAGACCCUGAGGCUCGCCGAGACGCUCGGGAAGGUGAUCUUCAUCACCAACAGCGCGCCAGGAUGGGUGGACCAGUCCUGCCAGCACUUCAUGCCGCAGCUGCUGCAGCAGAUGCGUGGAUAUGACAUUUACGCGAGGCCUACGAGUGUGCCGAUCGACUUCAAGGUCUGCGCCUUCCAGAGGGAGUGCAAGUCGUACAGGAACGUCAUCUCCGUGGGGGACGGUGACGCGGAGCGUGCGGCGAGUCUCCGGCUGAAGGCCGCCAUUGAGCGGAAGGUCGCCUUCGGAGGCAACGGCCAGUCUUCGCGGCUCAUCAAGUCGGUGAAGCUGCUCGACUUCCCCGCUGGCCAGCACUUGAUAGAUCAGCACGCCAUGCUGCAGGCCGAGCUGGCCGAGGUGGUGACUGCGAACAGCUCCCUUGACCUGAGGGUGUGCUGCUCGGGCGCCGGCGGGCCGCGGUCGCCCAGGGCCCGGGGGCGAGAGCGCAGGGCGGGCGCCGGCUGCCGGCUGGUGGCCUUCGCGGCGCCGAGGCCGCCGGCCGCCAUGCGCCCCAGCGCCAGCUGCGGGGCUCUCCCGCCGCUCAGCCGCGGCAGCUCGCGCGCCGACACCGACGUCGCCCUCGGCCGCCUCGCGGGCCCCCCCCACACGGCCGCCGCCGGCGAGGUGGCCGCGGUGGAGGCGUCCUGGAUUCCCAGCGUGGUAGCGGACGCGGAGGGCGGCUCCGCCGUCCGCGUCGUUCGCUCCGCGCAGGGCGGCCCCGCUGUCGAUGCGACUGCCGCGCCGGGCAUCUGCAACAUGCAGGCCGCGGGCCGGGCUCGCGGGAGGUCGUUCGCGCAGGCCUUGGCGAAGAAGCAGCCGCUGGCGGCACUGCCGCCGGGCCUUGGCGGCACGCAGCGGCCGCCCGGCGGGGCCGCCUGCCGCGAGCAGCGGCAGCCGCUGCCCGCGGCCUCGCGCGCCUUCUGACCGCGCGUGCUGCGGUGAGUGAUGCCCACGCCGGAGCCUGGGUCCAGGCCCGAGCCAAGGCCCGGCCCGGACCUGAACCUGAGCCCGAUCCCGGCUUCCUGAUCGGGGUCGCCGUCCCGCCCGCCUGGAGAAAGGAAAGGCAUCCAGAGUGGAGGCCUCCAGGGGCGAUGGCGGCCGUCGUCAGGCACCCUCCGCGGGGCACUGGCACUCGGUGCGGGCGGUAGGGGAACGGAAAGGAUGAGGGGGCGAUGCUGGGGUUCAAGCGCCGCCUCCGUCAGGACCUCUUUUUUUUCAUUUUUCCCGCUUUCAACAGGACCUGCAGCCCUUUCCUACCCGCCCCAGUGGUCGCUCUACCGAAGUGAUCAUACGCUACGCUUGCCGUUGGGCAAUUUUUUGAACACGGCCCUUCAUAUCAUCGGCUGCAGGGCGAUGGACGACGUACGCCCUGUAGGGGCGACGAAAAUCCCGUCGUGCUUGCGUCCUGCGCUGUCUUUUCAUGAUGUGCGAAAUGCCUGGUGUUUUACUCCCUGAUAGUUUGGGGGUCUUUUUGAGUCCAUUGUUGCGCGCACAAGUUAAUGCAGCAUGUGCAGGGCGACCGAACGUAUAUUUGAUCUCCCCCCCUUCUCCUCCCCCAACCUCUCGCAUGGCCUUCUCACAGUUUCUCUACAAAGUAGGGCUUGUAUAUUCCACAAAAUUUUGUUUUCUAGUCCUGUCACUGAGUCGUGAGUUGGCGCGUGGGUUCUGACUGAUUCAGUGCUGGAUUGGAUGAUACGGAUUGGGUAUGGUGCCCGUUCCUGUAGUUUGAGUCGGGGAUGAGCUUUCCUCAUAUUUACCGACACUUUGAACAAAUGGCCAGCCAGAUACAGCUCGCGGGCCCACCACCUGUUUGGGAGCAGUGCCGAUUACAGUGUACAUCGGAGUCGCCGUGUCCUUUUCCAUGGCUUCAACCACUUGGCACAACUUCAGGUUCAAGUGUCGAUUUGUGUGAACUACGCUGUCCUGUCUUGCUGGAGGUCAGGCUUUUGGCCGCUGCUCGAAACGGAUGCGGCAGCAGCAUCAGAACACGUAUUCAUCUCGCGAGAUCCUGUUUUUUGAUGCGGGCGGGCUCCAUUAUGGAAGCUUCCGACCGCUGUGCCCCGUCGUACCUGAUCGUUUUAGCAUGGCCAGCGCUGUCGGAGUACUCCGCCAUAUAAUGCGAAUUGUUCAAUCCGCCUCCAGGUGACUAUCCAUUGCAAAUGGAGACUGGCUGUUUGAUACAGGUUCUUUCUAUGAUCGGGUCUCUGGACGGAUUGUGGCCCCUAGAGAAUGUGCGGAAGGUUCCUG